AUGUUCAAUACAUUUAUACUUUCGAAUUAUACAGCCUCAAAGGAUAUUGUACCUGCUUUACAGGCAUUACCUUUGCAGGGUAAAGCUACUGAUGUGAUGCCAUUCUAUAAUGCCUUACUUGCAAAAUGUCAACGAUCCAAACAACUCGAGCAUAUGCAACAUGUACUGACUGUGAUGAAGGAACGACAUAUCCAGCUUGACACAGCGUCAUACAAUAUUCUGAUGCGUGCUGAACUGUCAACACCUGAUGCUACGUGUGCCUUUGACAGAUUUAUUAAACAAGGAGCUACACCAAAUCGUGCUACCUAUCAUAUUUUGAUCAAACAUGCAGCACAGCACAAACAAUGGUAUGCUCUAAAUCAAUGGCUUCAAUUGAUGGCAGACAAUGGAUUUGAACCCAACCCUGUCUUGGUUCGCAUCUUGUUUAAAGCGCUUGUCAAGCACCCUCUAGAAAAGCAACUGGUACAAGCAUUUGAACGCACUAUCCAGCAUGUCUCGAUUGAUGAACAACUAUUAAACACAGGAGCAGCAGCCUUACUUGAGACAAAACAGACACAGGCUGCCAUCGAUAUACUUCAAUUAGCUAUUCAAAAGACACCUUCUUCUGUCUAUACUUGGAAUUUGUUGUUACGGGGGUUAUGCGAACAAGGGAAUGUGAAGGCUGCUCUCAAUCUAUUUGGUCGUAUACCCCAGCCUGAUAUUGUCAGUUACACCACAUUGAUCCAUGGCCUUGUACGCACCAACAACAAUAUAGAAGAUAUUGCUCAUCUUUAUCGUCAACUUGUCAAUUCUAGUUCUACCAAUCAUGUGUUACAAUCUAAUGUACUGUUGAAUAAGCACAAUACGACAGGCUUAUUCGAAAUGAAUAUUUACAAUAUGAUGAUUGAUUUCUAUUUCUUGCAUUACCAUAAAUCAAAAAGAGACCAAGUACCGCGAGAAGCACUCCAGCUAUUGACAGAGGCUAUUGACACAAAACAAUUGCAGCCUACUGUUGUUACACUCAAUAUUAUGGUACGUGGUUUGGCUAUUCUCAACAAGAACCUGAAUGCAGCAGAAAGAAUGGUGAAUUUAUUGAAACAAAAGGGUGUAGACAUGAAUGAAAGAACAGUUUGGUACUUAGUCAAGGCAGCACAUAGACAAGGUGAUCAUGAUAGAGCGCGUCAAUGGAUAGAGACUUAUGAACAACAUCAUAUCAUUCAGGGUAAUGGUUUAAAACUCUUGAAGAACAAAUUGAUGAGUUGGCAUAGUGUACAAAAAUAA